CAAUGACCUGCUUACCUCACCAGAAGAAGGAACAGAAGUGAAGGCGCAAAAAAACCUCUGCGCUAGCUAGCAAUCAUGAUAUUACUGACAUUAUGGACUGACACACCCAGAAGUGCCUUGAUUAACCCGGAUGUGUCGGCCAUCCUCGGGACAGGAAGCAGGACUCCUCGCUUUGUAAACACGCCCCGUGGCAAAGGCAAUCUGAGCAUGAACAUGGAUGACAGUGACUGGACUAACAGUCUUUACCUGUCACCUCUGUCUGGGCUAGUGGACACCAGCUUCACUGAUGAUGUCAGCAUGAGCGCUCUCAUGCUGAAAGAAGAUGAUCCAGGAGAGGCUGCCUCUCUCAGUCUGUUUCCAGACUUCCUACAGUCUUAUUUGCAUCAUGCGUCCACAGCUGUUUUUGAUCUGUUAGAAGACUAUGAGGCUCUUUGUCAGGAUAAGAUCAGUACGUUGCAGAAGCUGGUUCUCCGAUCAGCCCCCGGCCAGCAAAAAUCCUCCAAGACCAUCAGCAUCACCUGGGUACUUCAGCAAGAAAUGGUGACCUGGAGACUCAUUACCUCCCUGUACAGAGACAGAGUCCAGACAGUACUAGAGGAAGACAUCAUGAUGGACAUAACUGCCCCCAGUGAGAGUGAGAAAAUGGUAAUGGAGCAGUUCUUCCAGAAAGACAGUAUGGUGCGACAGAGCCAGCUGGUGGUGGACUGGUUGGAGAGUAUUGCUAAAGAUGAAAUAGGAGAUUUCUCUGAUAACUUUGAAUACUACGCCAAAUCUGUGUACUGGGAGAACACCCUCCACACACUGAAGCUGAGGAGGAAUCAGUCCAGCAGUGGUUUCAGCAGGCCUCUGGUGACAGAACUGGACCCUGAUGCUCCCAUCAGACAGAAGAGACCACUGGCAGACUUGGACAGAGAGGACGACACCCGCCUCCUCAAAAACCUCUUCAACCUCAUACGAGCUGGAAUGACCGAUGAGGCUCAGAGGCUGUGUAAGCGCUGUGGUCAGGCCUGGCGUGCUGCCACUCUGGAAGGCUGGAAACUGUACCAUGACCCCAACAUCAACGGAGGAUGUGGAGAGCUGCAGCCGGUGGAGGGGAAUCCACAUCGGAGUGUUUGGAAGGUCUGCUGUUGGAGAAUGGCAGAGGAGGAGCAGUUCAACAGAUAUGAAAGAGCCAUCUAUGCUGUGCUGAGUGGAAACCUCAAACAGUUGUUACCUGUGUGUGAGUCAUGGGAGGACACCGUGUGGGCGUACUUCCGGGUGAUGGUGGACACGCUGGUGGAGCAGGAGAUCUGUUCCUCUGGUCUGGGCAGUGAAGAACUGGAGGAGCUGCCCAGAGAAUUCCUGGAGACCAAUUGGACCUUGGAGAAAGUCUUUGAAGAGCUUCAAGCAACAGAAUCCAAAAGGGUUCUGGAGGCAACCAAGGAACAUUAUCAUAUAAUCCAGAAGUUUGUCAUUCUUGGAGAUCUUGAUGGUCUUUUUGAGGAGUUCAGUGAUUGGUUGGGAAGGAGUCCAUCUUUGCCAGCUCACCUUUUGCGCUUCAUUUCACACUUAGUGUUGUUUUAUUGCAGUUUGGGCUUGCAAAUCAAGGAGGAGGUGUGUGUAGAUGUGUUGAAAGCCUACAUCUCACUGUUGGUGAAGGAGAAACAGGUGGAUCUCAUUGUGUUCUACGUCACUCACCUCCCUGCAGACAUGGGCGUGUUACAGUACGCUCAGUUCCCGGAGGAAGUCACAGAGACGGAGCAGCGCAAGCACUGUCUGGAGCUGGCAACACAAGCAGGUUUGGAUGUGGCAGCAAUCACAAAGACAGUGGUGGAGACCAUCAGAGAGAGAGAGACAGAUGAGUUUGCCCACCACGAUCUGACCUCUGCACUGGACACCGCAACUACAGUGGAGGAUAAGCAGAAGAUCGAUGUAAUUGAUUGGCUGGUGUGACCUGCCCAGCGUGCUGAAGCCCUCAAGCAGAGCAAUGCCAUCAUGAGGAAGUUCUUAGCAUCUAAGAAACAUGAUGCCGCUAAGAUGGUCUUUGCCAAAGUCCCGGAAGAUUCCAUGCGGGAGAUCUACUCCCAGUGGGAGGAGCAGGGCAUGGACACACCUCUUCCUGCUGAGGAGGAAAAUGCUAUUCGUGAGCACCUCUGUGUCCGAGCCUAUCUGGAAGCUCAUGAAGCCUUUAAUGAGUGGUUCAAGCAUAUGAACUGUCCUCCAGUGAAACCCAUGGCACCUGCUCAAGCAAAGUUUACAGAGAAGGUGGCCCAUGAGAUGAAAGAGGCAAAGUACAAGACUGAGUAUGAGAAUUGGCAGGGGCGUCUGGGAGCUUUGACGGAGGACGUGAAAGAAAGGAUCUAUAAUGUGCUGUUGUUUGUUGAUGGAGGCUGGAUGGUAGAUGUCAGAGAGGAUGCAGAGGAAGACUCCGAGCGCACUCAUCAGAUGGCUCUGCUGCGGCGUUUUUGUCUUCCCAUGAUGACAUUCCUUCUGUUAACUGUACUGCAGCGCACUGAACGUCACUAGGAGAGUCUGCGUCUGGCUGACAUCAUCGCAUCUGACCAACACAGACUUUACGAGGUGUUCUCUAAAGAGGAGUUGCAGAAGUUUCUUCAGAAGAUGAGGGAGUCGUCCCUACUCCUGCUGGAUAAAGGCUUGGAUCCACUUGGAUAUGAGAUUCAGUCCAAGACACUUGUUUUCUCAUGCUGUUCUUGUCGUGCACCAGUCCCUCCUGCAGCAAAGCACCCCCACAACACGAUGCUGACACCCCCAUGCUUCACGGUUGGGAUGGUGUUCUUCAGGUUACAAACCACACCCUUUUUCCUCCAAACAUAACGAUGGUCAUUAUGGACAAACAGUUCAGUUUUUGUUUCAUCAGACCAGAGGACAUUUCUCCAAAAAGUAAGAUUUUUGUCCCCAUGUGCACUUGCAAACUGUAGUCUGGCUUUUAAUGGCAGUUUUGGAGCAGUGGCUUCUUCCUUGCUGAGCAGCCUUUCGGGUUAUGUUGAUAUAGGACUUGUUUUACUGUGGAUAUAGAUAACUGUCUACCUGUUUUCUCCAGCAUCUUCCCAAGGUCCUUUGCUGUUGUUCUAGGAUUGAUUUACACUUUUCACACCAAACUACGUUCAUCUUUAGGAGACAGAAUGCAUCUCCUUCCUGAGCUGUAUGAUGGCUGUGUGGUCCCAUGGUGUUUAUACUUGCUUACUAUUGUUUGUACAGAUGAACAUGUUACCUUCAGGCAUUUGGAAACUGCUCCCAAGAAUGAACCAGACUUGAAGACUAGUUUAAUCUUGGAGGUAGCAAUUUGGCUUGCAGGGCUUUCUCAGAUGCGAAGAUCAGAACCUCCAGCCGAUUGUUCGAGCGGUUCUUGCAAUGCUGUCUGGUUGCUCCUGGAGUUGAUGAAGCACUGGCACGAGUGGUGAACUCCAGUCCAUGGGCUCAUGUAUUUCCAUUGGCUCGGUCAGGCACAAGAGCUGGAGAGGCUCUCAUUCCAUUUGCCCUACUCUCAUCCCCUUCUGCCCGAUGCUCCUGGGGUUGAUGAAGAGCCUGAUGGUAGUUGUGUUGGCACCAGUGGACUCCAGUCCAUGAGCUCGGACUUGCCCACUAGCUCGUCUGUUUCUAUCAGCUCUUCUACAUCUGCCCUGAGGUUGAGUGCAGGAGCUGGAGUGGCUCUCAUCCCACUCGCCAACGUCAUGCUGCCCGGCCUGUAGACCUCUGUGUCAUCCACGUUCAUAGGCACUACCUUGUUAAACGCAAAGCUGCAUACAAGAGUAGGUGGUGAUAUGCACGAAGAAUGCAAUUACCAAAAACAAAAGAAGAAUGUGAAAGUGGCGAUUGAUAGUAAAAAAGGACUUAAAUACUGAUCUGUUUCUUACCCACGCCUAUCAUUUCGCUCCUGAAGAUAUGGAUUAAACUACUGGAACUGUGUGGAAAAAUGUAUGCUGCCUUUCUAUGCUUUUGAACCUGCAAAGUUCUGGCAACCAUUCACUUGCAUUGUAAGGACCUACAGAGCUGAAAUAUUCUUCUGAAAAUCUUUGUUUGUGUUCAGCAGAAGAGAGAAAGUCAUACACAUCUGGAAUGGCAUGAGGGUGGGUAAAUGAUGAGAGAAUUUUCAUUUUUGGGUGAACAUACCU